GGAGAAGGGCGCGUAACUUUGUUAGCAAAACAGCUAACAGCUAGCGGAAUCCAGACGGGUACUCCCGACAACAGCAACGGUGGCAAUAUCGCUCAUCACAAAUAUUAGACACGUUUGCCGUCGCCUCUCCCUAACAGACAUGUUGCCUCGCAUGUGGCGGUUCGGUUGGGACAGGCACAAUGAAGUGGACCUCUUCGCAGACCUCUAUGAGACAAAUACAGAGACGCUGUCUCAGGCCAUCCGUGCUGCAGUGUCAGAGGAGCCAGAUGCAGAUGGCAGUGUAUUGUUUGGUCAUCUCCAGGGCACUGUGGUGGGGCUCAGAUAUUAUACAGGAGUGGUGAACCGAGGUGAGAUGGUUGCACUGGUGCGGCAGCCACAGAACAAAUACGACUGUAAUGCUGUGAUGGUGGCUAACAUGUACGGCACCCAGGUGGGACACAUCAAGCGGGAGCUGGCAGCAGUUAUGGCCAGUAUCAUGGACAACAACUUAGCAAAAGUUGAGGGGGAGGUGUACUCAGGGACUAACAACAAAUACUCCAUGCCGGUGAUGCUGUCCUUCUGGGGCAAAGAGGAGGACAAAGACUCUGUGAUAGAAAGCAUGAGACGCUACGGAUACAAUCUUAUGGAUGAAAAAAUAUCAACAGUUGCGAAAAAAAGUCACGGUGCUCAGAGUGGCAAUGCGCUAUCAGCUAGAGCAACCGUUAGCGUCCCGCUGACUGCAGAGGAGUUAAAAAAUGCAUUUGACAACCUUUUUGAUGGCCUGAUGGAGAGCAAACAUGGGGAAAAGGAGGCCGCUGAGGCAGUGGGUACUCCUUUGCUGCCCCACCAGAAGCAGGCCCUGUCCUGGAUGUGUGCAUGUGAGAACAGUUCUGCACUCCCACCCUUCUGGGAGAAGAGAGGAGAACUCUACUACAACAGCCUCACCUGCUUCUCUGCCAAAGAAAGGCCCCAGAGGGUUCGCGGGGGCAUCCUGGCAGAUGACAUGGGGCUGGGUAAAACUUUGACCACCAUCGCACUGAUCCUCACCAACUUUGACAAUGGAAAGCCGCUGCCUUUGGAGAAGUGUGAGGGGCCACCUUCACCUGCCAAAACUACUGCUAAGACCCCCAGACAUGAGAGAACCACCGCUGAGGAAGAUUAUACGGAGGUGAAAGACACUGCAGCCGGUCCACCCUCCUCAGACCGUCCACAGAUGGAAGUGGUGUGUACUGAUUCACCAGAGAAGGCAGAGGAAGUGGUUGAGCCAGAGAGAAGUAUGAGCAAAGGCAAGCAAAAAGCCACCAAGCCAAAGGCCAAGAGAGCUGCAGUAUUGCUGGAGGAUGUGGACUUUUCUGCAGCACUGAGUGGCUCAACAUCUGGUGGAAAGUCCAAGAUCAAGAAAACUACCAAGAAGGCCACUCCAGACCGUGGCUUGGAAUUCUCUGGCAGUGAAAAGGCAGGAGAACCAUUGGCGAGAGCUACUCUUAUUAUCUGCCCCCUCUCUGUGCUAAGCAACUGGCUGGAUCAGUUUGAGGAGCAUGUGUGUACUGAUGUGAAGCUGAAUAUUUACCUGUACUAUGGGCCAGCACGUAACAGGAGCAGGAAGUUCCUCUUGUCUCAGGAUGUGGUACUCACCACCUACAAUGUCCUGGCUGCUGACUAUGGGAAUAAGAGCCCUCUCCAUGGGGUUAAUUGGAUGAGGGUGGUACUAGAUGAAGGACACGUUAUAAGAAAUCCCAAUGCACAGAUGAGCAAAGCCGUGCUCGACCUGAAAGCUCAGCGCCACUGGAUACUCUCAGGUACUCCCAUUCAGAAUAGUGUGAAGGACCUGUGGAUGCUGUUGGCCUUCCUGUGUCUGAAGCCUUUCAAUGAAAGGGAGUGGUGGAAUAGGGUGAUUCAGAGACCUGUCACACAUGGAGACAAGGUGGCUUUGCAGAACCUCCAGACCCUGGUCAAGUGCAUCACCCUGCGGCGGACCAAGAGCAGUAAGGUGAAUGGGCGCUUCCUGGUGUCACUCACUGAGAAGACAGUAUGUGUCGAACAGGUUGUUCUGACACAGCAGGAGAGAGAGGAGUACGAGCUGGCACGCAACGAGGGAAGAAGGACAAUUAGCAGAUAUGUAGCUGAGGGGACAGUGUUGAGGAACCAUGCCAAUGUGCUGGCCAUCAUGAUGAGACUCCGACAGCACUGCUGCCACCCUGAUCUUCUGGCCAACAUAUCCUCAGACCUAGCAGGCACCCCAGCAGAGCUGCGAGAGCAUCUGAUGGAGAAGCUGCGGCUGGUUUUGGCCAGUGGUUCUGAUGAGGAGUGUUCUGUGUGCCUGGAUUCGGUCCGUCUGCCUGUCAUCACACAUUGUGCCCACGUCUAUUGCCGGCCCUGCAUUGCCCAGGUCAUCAGCUCUGAACAGGAGAUGGCACGCUGUCCCCUUUGUCGAAGCGAGAUAAAAACCAGUCAGUUGGUAGAGUUUUCACAGGAGGAUGUGGAGGAGGACAAAUCACACUCUGCAAAAUGGAGGACCAGCUCAAAGGUGGAGGCUUUGAUGGGUAACCUGCUCAGGCUGCGAUAUGAGGACAGCAGCACCAAAUGUUUGGUGGUCUCUCAGUUCACACGCUUCCUCACCAUAUUAGAGACACCACUCAGAGUGAAAAACAUCAGUUUUGUGCGCCUGGAUGGCACCAUGAGCCAGAAGAGGCGUGCCCAGGUCAUCCAAGAGUUUCAGGACCCUGCUCCCAACAGUCCUGUCGUCAUGCUGCUGUCGCUGAAGGCUGGAGGGGUGGGCCUAAAUUUAACUGCAGCCUCCCGUGUCUUCCUCAUGGACCCUGCAUGGAAUCCUGCUGUUGAGGAGCAGUGUAUUGACCGCUGUCACCGCCUAGGCCAGAAGAGGAACGUCUUCGUUACGAAGUUCAUCGUUAAGGAUUCUGUAGAGGAGAACAUGGUGAAGAUCCAGAGGAAGAAGCAAGAUCUGGUGGAGAAGGCCUUUGGCUCCAAGACCACUGACAGGAAAUCAUCUCGCAUUGAUGACAUCAGAGCAGUGAUGGAUAUGUAAACAUCUGUUCAUGGACCAGUUUGAUUCAUCACCACUCAUACUCUUCUAAUUGUUGGGCUGUGGACUUUAACUGUCCUGACAGCCAAGCAGCUGCUGUAUGAAGAACUUCAUAUCUUCUGCUUCAAGAUCUCUUUAACACCUGUACAGUUUCAAUUGCUAGUUUGUAAAUAUGAUUUGUUUAUUAAGACACUUUAUCCUGUGAUGUGUACUGAUCCAGGCACAAGAUAAACUGCAAACUUUUUUUUUUCAUCAUAGUUGUGAUUAUUUUUGGUUUUGAUUUUCUUCCAUCCAGAACUCUUGAAGGCAUUAGAAGUCUGGUAAAUGUGGGUAGGUGAAAGAUUAGCUUAUUGUCACAUUAUUUCCACAAAAAAGGCUUCAACUUUGACCACUGGAUCCGUCUAGCCUCACCCCAAUGCAGUGCAGCAGUGACGGUUCCACAACAGGGCAUUUGAGCCUUUCUUAGCGGACCAAAUGACAUGAUUAUGGUGUCAACCCCAGUAUUCUUUUGUGAAUAACUGCGUUCAGUCAACGCUGGAAAAAGAAAAAAAAAUGGGUUAGGAAACCUGCAGAAGCAAAACUACUUUCCUGAUAGAACAGUUGGUUUUAUUGAAAACUGUUUGAUUCUUGUUUUGAGCUUUUGUUGAAAUCCAUUCGUUUGAUUCUUGUUUGAGUGUUAUGCGGUUUUGUUGAAAACAGUUUGUUUGAUUCUUGUUUGAGCUUUAUGUUCCUCUUAUUUCCAGAAUAGACAACGCAGAUUACCAAAUUUACCCGUGGCUUUACUUUACCUACAGAUUUAGAGGAGCGUUUAUUGUACUUUACACCAGGAAGUACGUGGAAAAAUGAAAAUAAAGAC